UGUUGACCGAGAAGUUGAGACUUGGGGAGUAAAAACUCGACUCGUUUGGUUAUUUUUCAUUCUUCCUUCUCUCCUGUAGCAGGAGCUAUUCCAUCAAAUCAUCAUGAAACGGUUUAUUGUGUUAGGAAUCUUAGGAUUUCUUUUUAUAGCGGGGGCUGGAUUAUUAAAUGUACAAGCGGAGGAGGUUGUUACGGAACCAGACGUGGUUGAAGAUAUCGGUAAAAGCCGAGAAGCUUCCAGAACAGAUGAUGAAGCUGUACAAAGAGAGGAGGAAGCUAUAAAGCUGGAUGGCCUAAACGUGGCCCAAAUGAAAGAACUAAGAGAAAAGGCUGAAAAAUUUGCUUUCGAAGCUGAAGUUAACCGAAUGAUGAAACUUAUUAUAAAUUCUCUCUACAAAAAUAAAGAAAUUUUCUUACGAGAAUUGAUCUCCAAUGCAUCUGAUGCUUUAGAUAAGAUAAGAUUUGUAUCUUUAACUGAUAAAUCAGCCAUGGCCGCUACUGAUGAAUUGAGUAUUAAAAUUAAGGCAGACAAAGCAUCCCACGUAAUACAGAUUACAGAUACUGGUAUUGGAAUGACGAAAGAUGACCUAGUUAAAAAUCUUGGUACCAUUGCUAAAUCUGGAACCAGUGAUUUCCUAUCUAAAUUAGGUGAAUCGAAAGACCAGGCUCAGAUGAGUGAUUUGAUUGGUCAAUUUGGUGUUGGUUUCUACUCUGCAUUCUUAGUUGCUGAUAGAAUCGUGGUGACGUCGAAACAUAACGAUGAUGAUCAAUAUGUCUGGGAAUCUGAUUCCUCAUCAUUCAGUGUAGCUAAAGAUCCUCGUGGUAAUACACUAGGUCGUGGUACCAUGAUCACACUUCAUCUAAAAGAAGAAGCACAUGACUACUUAGAAGAAAGUACCAUCAGAAGUUUGGUGAAAAAAUACAGUCAGUUUAUCAACUUUGAUAUCUUCUUGUGGGCUAGCAAGACUGAAGAAGUUGAAGAACCAAUUGAAGAAGAGGAAGAAGAAAAGAAGGAAGAAGAGAAAAAGGAAGAUGAAGAUGCCGAGGUUGAAGAAGAAAAAGAAGAGAAACCUAAAACUAAGAAAGUCUCAAAGACCAUCUGGGAUUGGGAACUGAUUAACAACGUUAAACCUAUCUGGACCAGAAAACCUUCUGAAAUCACUGAUGAUGAAUACAACGACUUCUAUAAAUCCAUCAGCAGUGACUAUGAAAAGCCCAUGACUAAAAUACAUUUCACAGCAGAGGGAGAAGUUACCUUUAAAUCUAUUCUCUAUGUACCAAACUCAUCACCAUCAGAUACUUUCCAAAAUUAUGGUAAACAAAUGGAACAAAUUAAAAUGUAUGUAAGAAGGGUGUUUAUUACUGAUGAUUUUGAAGAUAUGAUGCCCAAAUAUUUAUCUUUCAUCAGAGGUGUGGUUGAUUCUGAUGAUUUACCAUUGAAUGUAUCAAGAGAAACUCUACAGCAACAUAAAUUAUUAAAAGUUAUCAAGAAAAAAUUAGUACGAAAAACUUUAGACAUGAUCAAAAAAAUUGAUAAAGAUACGUAUGAAAAAUUCUGGAAAGAAUUCAGCACCAACAUCAAACUAGGUGUUAUUGAAGAUACCACCAACAGAACAAGAUUGGCAAAACUUUUACGAUUUUCUUCUUCAAACUCUGAUACAGAACUCACUAGUUUAGCUGAAUAUUUAGAAAGAAUGAAGGAAAAACAAGAACAUAUUUACUUUGUUGCUGGUCAUAACAGAGCUGAGGUUGAGAAGUCACCAUUUGUAGAAAGACUCUUAAAGAAGGGAUAUGAAGUUUUAUAUUUAACUGAACCUGUUGAUGAAUACUGUAUCCAAUCAUUACCAGAAUUCGAGAGCAAAAAAUUCCAGAAUGUAGCUAAAGAAGGAUUAAAAUUAGAUGAUUCUGAAAAGGCUAAAGAACGAAAGGAAGCUACAGAGAAAGAAUUUGAACCUUUGAUUACUUGGUUGAAAGAUUCAGCAUUAAAUGAUAAGAUCGAAAAAGCCACUAUAUCUGAAAGAUUAGCCUCCUCGCCCUGUGCUCUCGUGGCCAGUCAGUAUGGUUGGUCUGGUAACAUGGAAAGAAUCAUGCAGGCCCAGGCUUACGCUAAAGCUAAAGAUCCAUCUCAAGAAUUUUACGCCACUCAAAAGAAGACUUUAGAAAUUAACCCAAGACAUCCAUUGAUAAAAGAAUUAAAAAAACGAGUUGAAGCUAACAAAGAAGAUGAAACAGCUAAAGAUUUAGCUGUUGUUAUGUUUGAGACAGCUACAGUCCGAUCUGGAUACAGAAUAACAGACACGGCUGGUUUCGCACAACGUGUUGAAAAUAUGUUAAGAUUAAGUUUAGAAGUUCCUCUUGAUGCUAAGAUUGAAGAAGAACCAGAAGAGGAACCUGAAGAAGCUGAGGAAGAAAAAACUGAAGAAGUUGAAGCUGAGGCUGAAGAAGAGGCAGAAGAAAAGAAAUCUGAACACGAGGAGUUAUAAUACAGGGAAGAUCUUCAUUCAGUGAAAAAUGUGACAAAAACUAUCCUUAUAUCAUUAAUAACUUAUUCAUUAAUUCUCAUCAUUAAAAUCAUCAUCUUUCCCUUUAACAGCGUCGCACACGUUUCUGAUUCAAACUAUGAUUGUGACAAUACCAGUGACACUGUGGCAAAGCUUGUAACUUUAGUGGCAAAUUUUGGUGGCAAAGUUUGUAACUGGUGGCAAAUUUGUUUGUUACUUAAGUGGCAAAGCUUGUUACUUAAGUGCAACCUUGAAUACUUGGGUGGCAAACAUGUAAACAAUGACAGCUUGUUACUUUAGUGGAAAUGCUUGUUUCUUUGGUGGCAAAGCUCGUUUCUUUUGUGGCAAAGCUUGUUACAUUGGUGGCAAACUGUGUUACAUUAGUGGCAAACUUUGUUACAUUGGUGGCAAACUUUUACAGAAGUGGCACUUUGUUAUUUUUGUAACAAAAGUUAGGAUAGUAGCUCUUUGUUAUUUUAUUGGCAAACUUGUUCUAUCAGUGGCUAACCUGGACAGAUUGUCCUCAUGUGUUCUUUAUCUAAAAUAAUUCUGAACUGCUUUUUGGAAGCUUUUAGGGAUGUGCACAUUAGUGUCCUAUACUCUUUGAUUGCCUUCCAAAAAGUUCCAUUCCAUCCUGUACUGCUGUAAAGUUUAUUGAAAAUCUCCUAUCCUCUCAUAAAUUCUUGUAUCAAUUGAAAGUGCUGUAUAUGAAGAAAUGAUGAUGGUAAAUCCCCUAAUCUUGUUUGUAAAUAUGGUCUUGUUUGUAUGAAUUGUAUUACUGAAGACAAAUGUUCUGUUAUAUUUUUUUAGAUCAUGUUCACACAUUCUACUGUUUAGUUAGGAAUAAUUCACUUACAUUGUUUUUAUUUUGAAGAAAAGUCUAAAAUAUGGGAAAGUAUCUAGAUCCAUUCCUUGGCUAUUGAAUGAAAAGACCAAAUUAACUAUGUGGACUCUGAAAGAAAUGAUGAGUUGACAAACCCAUUCUCAGAUUCAAAUAGGAUUGAGGUGCAUGCCUCAUUGUCCACUCUAAAUAUUUGAAUCUUUUGGCAAACAAAAUGAAACUUAUUAUGGACUUCAUUCAUAUUUAAUUUGUUAGCUGUUGGUACAUUUCCAAAAUUAUUUGACAUUUGAUGAAGACUUUACAAGAAAUGAAUGGAAGUUAUGUAGGUAAACAUUGCUAAUGAAAUUUUCAUCUUGAGUUAGUUGUAGGAAUUGAUUAAUCUUGGGUUUUAUUUUAUCAUACACUUUAUCAAGUUAUAAUUGUUGUGUUAUGAAGGUUGAAUGAAUUGGUAGAAAAAAUAAAUUACAUUUUAUUAUUAAUUAGUUCUGUCUUUAUUAAUUACUGAAAUUGAAUCCCUGAAAAUUUGAUUCAGCAUUCAAGGGCAAGAUAUCUCUCAUUGCUCACUGCAUGAUGUUUCGUAGACCAAAACAUCUCCUGUAUUUUCAGGCUCUGAUAGCUAUUUGGACAUUUGUAUUCCAGGGGCAACUGGCAAAAGAUCUGUCAGAGACUGGAGUAGAGGUAGAUGAUUCGGACUAGAUGUUUCCCUUUUUCUAUAGGCCAAUAAAGGAUGGAAACUU